UCAAUCAAAUAGAUUAAAGCUUUUAGAUCACAUCAAAAUAGUUCUUCAUUAACAAGAAAAAGGGAAAUGGAAAUCAGGCCGCUGCAGGAAAUAGAGACCGGAUACCCAAUGCCACCGUCCACCGCCGCAGAUCCUCCUCCUCCUUCACGGUGGUGGACACAAGUACAUUCUUUAUACCUUCGUCGUAAAGAACUCACUAAAGAAGAGAUAGAUACUAUAUUAUGGAAACCCUAUUUGUGCGCCGCCUUGACAGUCGUCGCGGGUAUGUUCACCUUCAUCUUCGUCUACAAACUUUUCUGCCAGGUCAACUUCACCGUCGAAUCCAUCUCCGUUACCCCGUCCUCUUCCGCCACGUUGCUGCACUUGGAUUUCCUCGCGAGUAACCCGAGCUCGUUUUGUCCUAUCAACUACGAUGGAGACGACGUGUACGCCAAGCUAGGUUCCUUAAACGCCGCUGUUUUGAGAACCUCUCGCAAGAGUUCGAGUGGUGGUCAGACGAGUUUCUCGGUGGAUUUAGCUAUGCCGGCUACGGAGAGAGAUCAAAGAGUUUUUGAAUUGGACAUGAGACUUAGUGCGAAGAAGAUAAGUCCUGCGUUAGGAGAUGAAUAUGGACAUAUCGAUAUCAGGUGUCGUAAUCUGACCAUCGGUAAUCAGAAGACUAAGUGCCAUUCCAAAGACUUGGAUAAAAUUGUAAACCUUUAUUUAUUGAAUUAGGAACUCUUCUUGCUUUUCUGUUUACUAUUCCGUUUCAUA